AUGAUGAUAUUCUAUGACAUCGCCUCUACUCGCCUCAAUACAUCGUGGUCUCCAAAUACCUGGAAGACGAGAUUCGCUCUGAAUUUCAAAGGAAUUCCAUAUCGUACCGAAUGGAUCGAGUUCGGCGACAUUGAAGCCCACUCCGUCAAGAACGGGUUCUUACCUACGUCCAAGAAGGCAGACGGCAGACCUCGCUACACGCUUCCUGCCAUCUACGACGAGUCGACCGGCGCCAAGAUAGCAGACUCGGAACUCAUCGCCGAUUACCUCGAAGCUACAUACCCAGACACACCGCCCCUUUUCCCUAACAACACACACGCCUUGCAAGCUGCAUUUGAGCCCGCUAUGCGCACCACCGUCGACGCGGUAUUCCAAUUCAUGUUGCCCUAUCUCAUGACGGGAAAAUUCUUCUCAGAAGAGACAGAGAGGAAGUACCGCGCGGUCGUGGAACCAAUGUUCAGGGGAAAGCGUCUCGAGGACCUCCUGCCCGUAGGGGAAGAGCGUGUCAAGCAGUGGGAGCGCUUCAAGGACGACGCAGGGAAGGCCGCGUCUUGGUACGACAAGAACAAUGGGAAGGGUCCGUUCAUCCUUGGGAAGACGCCUUCGUGGGCGGAUUUCGUCGCAGCAUCUUAUCUUCUAUGGGUGAGAAUUCUCUUAGGGGAGGAUAGCGAGGAAUGGAAGGAUCUUAAGACGUGGCAUAACGGACGAUGGAAAGCACUCUUCGAGGCCGUCAAGAAGUACGAAGGGGCUUCCUAG